AUGACGGACGCUUUGGCAGCACAGCUCAAUAAAGCCUCUUUGAACGAUGGCGCAGACGAGUCGAACUGGAAAGACUCACUCAACCUCCCUGCCAAAGAUACCAGGCAACAGACUGAAGAUGUGACGGCGACAAAGGGCCUGGACUUUGAAGAUUUCUACAUCAAGCGUGAAUUGAUGAUGGGCAUAUUCGAGGCCGGAUUCGAGAAACCCUCCCCAAUCCAAGAAGAAACCAUACCCGUUGCCCUCACCGGCCGAGAUAUCCUGGCCCGAGCAAAGAAUGGAACCGGCAAGACGGCAGCCUUUGUCAUUCCUACUCUCGAACGAAUCAACCCCAAAAACCCAAAGACCCAAGCGCUGAUCCUUGUCCCCACUCGAGAACUUGCUUUACAAACGUCCCAGGUCUGCAAGACCCUCGGAAAGCACUUGGGCAUCAAUGUCAUGGUUACCACGGGUGGUACCGGUCUCAAGGACGACAUUAUUAGAUUAGGAGAAACGGUGCACAUCAUCGUCGGCACCCCCGGGAGAAUCCUCGACCUCGCAAGCAAAGGUGUUGCAGACUUGUCCGAAUGCCCGAUAUUUGUCAUGGAUGAAGCCGACAAGCUGCUCUCCCCAGAGUUUACAGUCGUCAUUGAGCAGCUUCUUUCCUUCCACCCGAAAGACCGACAGGUCAUGCUCUUCAGUGCGACUUUCCCCAUGAUAGUCAAGUCGUUCAAAGACAAACACAUGCGAAACCCGUACGAAAUCAAUCUCAUGGACGAGCUGACUUUACGUGGUAUAACCCAAUACUACGCCUUUGUCGAGGAGAAGCAGAAAGUUCACUGCCUCAACACGUUAUUCUCAAAGCUCCAGAUCAACCAGUCGAUCAUCUUCUGCAACUCGACGAACCGGGUUGAGCUUCUUGCCAAGAAGAUCACAGAACUGGGAUAUUCGUGCUUCUACUCGCACGCCAAGAUGUUGCAGCAGAAUCGCAACAAGGUCUUCCAUGACUUCCGUGCCGGUGUCUGUCGGAAUUUGGUGUGUUCGGAUCUCCUCACCCGUGGUAUCGAUAUACAAGCUGUCAAUGUGGUCAUCAACUUCGAUUUCCCCAAGAAUGCCGAAACCUACCUGCAUCGUAUUGGUCGUUCUGGGCGAUUCGGCCACCGUGGUCUUGCUAUCAACUUGAUCAAUUGGGAUGACCGUUUCAAUUUGUACAAGAUCGAGCAAGAGCUGGGCACGGAGAUCCAACCAAUUCCCCCCUCUAUCGACAAGAGUCUGUAUGUAUAUGACAACCCUGAAACGAUUCCACGUGCAAUGCCUCCUCCAGCGCAGCCUCCAAAGACGAACCCGUCCAAUGUCAAUGCUGCCGCAAACUCCACCGCAAACAACAAUGCUACUCAUACCAACGGUCAAUACCAACAAGUUCGGAGACCACAGAAUCAGUCGAACGGAUAUGGCCAACAAUACAAUAACCAAGGACGGGGUGGUUACCGCGGGCGAGGCCGAGGUCAAGGUGGUCGUGGCCGCGGAGGUCAUCCGCAGCAGCCGACAGCAGCCCCCGUGGGUCAAAUCGCUCACUAG